AUGGUGGAAACGGCCGAGGAGACCACAGAGCCUGCUGAGGCGGACAUCACAGGGCUGUGCCAGGACGUGUUCUCCAAAAUGACCACGUACCUGACAGGUGAGCUGACAGCCACCCGUGAAGACUAUAAACUUCUGGAAAAUAUGAACAAACUGACUAGCUUGAAGUAUCUAGAAAUGAGAGAUAUUGCAGUAAACAUAAGUAGAAACCUAAAGGACUUAAACCAGAAAUCUGCAGCACUUCAGCCUUAUCUGGAUCAGGUCGCUUUAACUGAGGAGCAAGUAGCAGCCCUUGACCAGGCGCUUACAAGUUGGAUGCAUAUUCAAAGAAGCUAG